GCACUUAUUUCCCCCCCCUCAACUUCCCUCGGCGCUUCUCAACCUCUCGCGUGAGGCGAUAGCGGCCAAGGCGGGUGUUUGUGGAGCUGCCGCCGCGGCCUCCUCCGUUCCUGGCGUGUACGGCCGAGGCGCCCACCCGAGCGAGCGAGCGGCGAGGCCCGGGUCGCCUUCCCGCGGUGAGGCGGGGCUGAGGAGCGCGCGGCUCGCCCUCGUCUCCAGGCCCAAGCCAGGCUCGGGUGAAGCCCCGCCGGGGCCCCGGAGGAUUCUGGGAAAGGGGUAAUGGGAAUCCUGAGCGAAUGAACAUUGUCCACGCAAAGUAGCCUGGAAUAAGAUAAAGGUCUUGAGAACCUGAAACAACUUCAAAAUGUUUAACAAAUCAUUUGGAACGCCUUUUGGAGGCAACACAGGUGGCUUUGGGACGACUUCAACUUUUGGGCAGAAUGCUGGCUUUGGCACUACAAGUGGAGGAGCUUUUGGGACAUCUGCUUUCGGAACAAAUAAUAAUGCAGGAGGACUGUUCGGGACUGCGCAGACCAAGCCAGGUACAGGAGGGUUGUUUGGUUCCAGCACCUUCAGCCAGCCAGCCACUUCUUCUACCAGCACUGGCUUCGGAUUCGGAACAUCGACUGGCACUUCCAGUGGGUUGUUUGGGACAGCAAGCACUGGCGGAGGCCUCUUUUCAUCCCAGAACAAUGCCUUUGCACAGAGCAAACCUGUGGGGUUUGGCAACUUUGGGACAAGUACUAGCAGCGGGGGGUUAUUUGGAACCACUAACACAACCGCCAAUCCAUUUGGGGGGACGUCCGGUUCCCUCUUUGGAUCAACCAGCUUUACCGUUCCAACUGGCACCACCAUUAAAUUCAAUCCGCCUACGGGUACUGACACUAUGGUUAAGUCUGGAGUCAGCACAAACAUCAGCACCAAACACCAGUGCAUUACUGCUAUGAAAGAAUAUGAAAGCAAGUCGCUGGAGGAGCUUCGUUUGGAAGACUAUCAAGCGAACAGGAAAGGUCCCACCAACCCUGUGGGAGCUGGAGCCACGGCAGGUUUGUUUGGCUCAUCCACUGCUACCUCCAGCGCAGCCACAGGACUCUUCGGCUCCACCACCACUAACACGGGCUUUUCAUAUGGACAGAAUAAAACAGGGUUUGGAACCAGUACGACGGGCUUUGGAACAGGAACAGGAGGCCUCUUUGGUCCGGCUCAACAAACCACCAGCCUCUUCAACAAGCCUUUCGGCCAGGCCACGACUGCGCCAAACGCAGGCUUUUCGUUUGGGAACACCAGCACCCUUGGACAACCCAACACAAACACAAUGGGUUUAUUUGGAGCAACACAGCCCUCACAAACGGGAAGCCUUUUUGGAACAGCUACCAAUACGAACACUGCUACUGCCUUUGGAACUGGGACAGGUCUCUUUGGACAACCCAAUACAGGAUUUGGUGUUGGUGGCUCGUCCCUCUUCAGCAACAAGCCUGCUGGAUUUGGAACCACGACAACCAGCGCGCCCUCGUUUGGAACAACCACGACUGGGAUGUUUGGUUUCGGUGCAAACACCACGGGAAAUAGCCUGUUUGGGAACAAGCCUGCAGCUGGGGCUCUGGGCACGGGACUUGGAACAGGAUUUGGAACAGCCCUGAACGCUGGACAGACUUCGCUGUUUGGGAGCACCCAGCCUAAACUAGGGAGUACGCUGGGGACAGGAGCCUUUGGCGCCCCUGGAUUUAAUACGUCAACAGCUACUCUGGGCUUUGGAGCUCCCCAGCCUGCGGUGGCUUUGACCGACCCAAACGCUUCAGCCGCUCAGCAAGCGAUUCUUCAGCAGCACCUCAACAGCUUGACAUACUCGCCCUUUGGGGAUUCCCCUCUCUUCAGAAACCCGAUGUCUGACCCAAAGAAGAAAGAGGAGAGACUGAAGCCAACCAAUCCAGCAGCCCAGAAGGCAUUGACCACCCCUACUCACUACAAGCUGACUCCUCGCCCUGCGACCAGGGUGCGUCCGAAAGCUUUGCAGACCACGGGCUCCUCUAAAUCCCACCUGUUUGACGGCCUGGAUGACGAUGAGCCAGCCCUGUCGAACGGGGCCUUCAUGCCCAAGAAAAGCAUUAAGAAGCUAGUUUUGAAGAGUAUCAAGGCCAGCAGCCUUUUCUCUCCGACCAACUGUGAAGCUGAUGACCUUGCCUCUCCCUCGGAGUACCCAGAGAACGGAGAACGAUUCAACUUCCUUUCCCGGUCAGUUGAUGAGAUCCACAGGCAGGAUGGAGAGCAGCAGGAGGAGGAGGACCGUCCUCGUGAAGUCACGCGGUACUAUUCCAACCCCAUUGCCAAGCCCAUCCCACAGACCCCCGAGAACGCCAUGCACAAGCACCACAACAACGUGGAUGACACCCUCCUCGCCCUGAACUUGCGUCCUGCCCUGCGGAACGGGCUGGAAGGCAGCAGCGAGGAUGCCUCCUACCACGAGGAGUCCCUGCAGGAGGACCAGGAAGAGGAGGCGGAGGGCAUGCACCAGGCUCAUCCGGCAGGAAUUGUUUUAACCCGAGUUGGCUACUACACCAUUCCAUCCAUGGAAGAAUUGGCCAAAAUGACAAACGACAAAGGAGAAUGCAUUGUGACAGACUUCACCAUUGGCCGAAAAGGCUACGGCUCAAUCUACUUUGAAGGCGAAGUGAACCUGACUAACUUGAACCUGGAUGAGAUUGUGCACAUCCGUCGGAAAGAAGUGAUUGUCUACCCAGAUGAUGAACAGAAGCCACCCAUUGGGAAAGGAUUGAACAGGAGAGCUGAGGUCACUUUGGAUGGUGUUUGGCCCACUGACAAAACCUCGCGUUGCCUGAUAAAGAGCCCAGAACGGCUAACCGAAAUGAACUACGAAGGCAGGCUGGAGGCUGUCUCCCGGAAGCAGGGUGCCCAGUUCAAGGAGUACCGCCCUGAAACUGGUUCGUGGGUAUUCAAGGUGGCUCACUUCUCAAAAUACGGUUUGCAAGAUUCUGACGAGGAAGAGGAGGAUCACCCAUCGAAAGUGGAGGCAAAGAAACAGAAAACGGCUCAAGUGCCCCCGCCAGGCCUGUUGGCGUCUCAGCAAAUGGCUCUAGGCGGGAAACCAGCCCCUCCUUCCAAGAGCCCAGAUGUUGAGCAGCUUGGGAAGGUUGUGGAAUUUGACAGUGACAUGGCAGACAUCACUCAGGAGCCGGCCCAGGACUUGGUCGCGGAAGAGAGUUUUGCAGAGGACCAGGAACCAGUGCUAGCUUCUGCACACAUUGCAUCCUCUCUGGACAUCAACCCUCACACAUUGCAGAUCAUGAAAGCUUCCUUGCUUGUGGAUGAGGAGGACUUGGACCUGAUCCUUGACCACCGUUUUGGCAAGCAAGCUGCACCAGUGGACACAUCCCAAGACCUCUGUUCCCCAAGACUUCCCAUCUCCUCCUUGACGCGAGGACGCAAGAGCCGCCCCUCAGUUGGCGGGCUGCUGCAAUCAAGACUCUCGGGCGGAUCUUUACGUGUCCCAACUACUUCCCUCCAAGACAGACGCAGUCCAAGGACUUCCUUGCUGGGCAGUGCUCUUCCUGCCCCACCUUGGUCUGUCGGUUCUCCGCUGACUGGCGCAUUCGCAAUGCACAGCCUGGAUCCCGACAUGCCGCUAAAAACAGUGGGCAUCCGCAGGCAUCCUGAGCUGGUGCCUCUGGAGAAGUCUGUCACCUAUGGGAAAGGAAGGCUGCUGAAGGAUAUGGCCCUCUUCAUGGGGCGCUCCUUCCGUGUCGGCUGGGGGCCCAACCGGAUCCUCGUCCACAGCGGGGAGCAGCUGAGCACAUUGAGCGAGUCAGAAGAUCUCCGCAACGAGUCCAUGGAGUAUGGAUUCUUGCCAACACCUGUUGCUCCUAAACAGCUCUCGGAGUCUCCCUUUAAGGUUCACGUGGAGAAGCUGAGCUUGGAAGGAAAGGCAGCUGACGAGGACCCAGACGCGUACCUUGUUCCACUGGAGAUCAAGCUGAAGCAGAGCACUGUCCACAUGGAUGAGCCGUGCCCUUUCCUGACCCCCAACCCUGGCGUAGCUGCUAUCCACGAGUAUGCCAGGUGGGCGGCGGAGACGUCUGCAGACCCAGAAGAAAGGGAAGAAGCUGCAGUGAAAGACUGGUGCUUGGUAUGGACCCUGUGUGAGGCACUAUGGGGCCACUUGAAGGAGCUGGAGGCCCGCUUAGAUGAGCCCACGGAGUACGUCCUUGCUCUGGAGCGCCGGAGAGCCUUCUCCCAUUGGCUGUCGCAAACGGCCGCUGAGCGGAUCAAGAAUGAGGUCUCGCUCGCCCAGAACGACUGUCCUGCCCAGGCCGUCUUCAGCUACCUCACUGGGAAGCAGAUCAGCGAAGCUUGCCGGCUGGCGCAGCAUUCGGGGGAUCACCGGCUGGCUCUGCUCCUCUCGCAGCUGGCAGGGAGCCAGGAUGUCCGGGAGCUCCUUGCCAUGCAGCUGGCAGACUGGCAUCAGCUCCAGGCAGACUGCUUCAUCCAGGAGGAGAGGCUGCACAUAUUUGCCCUUCUAGCUGGCAAGCCGGUGUGGCAUUUGUCAGAGAGGAGGAGCAUCAACGUCUGCGCCCAUCUGGAUUGGAAGCGCUCUCUUGCCAUCCACCUCUGGUACAUGCUUCCUUCUACAGCGCCUCUUUCCAAGGCUCUCAGCAUGUAUGAAGCUGCAUUCCAGGACUCCUCGGAGGGAGAGAAGUAUGCUUGCUCUCCGCUGCCUCCGUAUCUGGAAGGCUCAGGCUGUGUGAUUGAGGAAGGCGAUCCGCAACACCCACUCCGAGACGUGUGCUUUCACCUGCUAAAGCUGUACAGCGAUAGGUGUUACGAUCUCCACCAGCUGCUUGACCCGAAGAGCAUAACAGCUGACCCCUUGGACUACCGCCUCAGCUGGCACCUGUGGGAAGUGCUGCGUGCCUUAAAUUACACCCACCUCUCAGAGCAAUGCCAGGGAGUGCUGAAUGCCAGCUUUGCAGCCCAGCUGGAGAGCGAGGGGCUGUGGGAAUGGGCCAUCUUUGUGCUGCUUCACACCCCCAGUGCAAACGUGCGAGAGAGAGCCGUGCGCGAGCUGCUGAACCGCCACUGCAGGUUGCAGGAGACGCCCGAGUCAUGGAGCAAGGAAGCCUUCCUGAUGGAGAGGUUGUGUGUGCCGCCAGAGUGGAUCCACGAGGCCAAAGCCGUGAGGGCCAGGAUGGAAGGGGACAAGCACAAGGAGGCUCUCUACCUGUUCAGGGCAGGGCACUGGAACCAGUGCCACAGGCUGGUCAUCAGGCACUUGGCUUCAGAUGCCAUUAUUAAUGAAAACUACACCUAUCUGAAAGGGUUUUUGGAAGACCUGUCUGCUCCAGAGCGCAGCACCCUCAUCCAGGAUUGGGACACCGCAGGGCUGGUUUUCUUAGACUACAUCCGGAUCCUUGAGAUGCUCGACAGGAUUCAGCAGCUGGAUUGCUCUGGGUACGAACUGGAGGAACUGCACACUAAAGUGACGUCCCUUUGCAACAGGAUAGAGCUGCUCCAGUGCCGCAAUGCCAAGGAUAGGCUGGCUCAGUCUGAAAUGGCCAAGCGCAUUGUGGACAUCCUGCGCGUGGUUUUAAGCCUGCAGCACCCUCCGGACUCCGCAUCGGACUCCACCCCGGACGUGCAGAGAGUGCCGCUGCGCCUGCUCGCCCCCCACAUCGGCCGCCUCCCCAUGCCAGAGGACUACGUGCUGGAGGAGCUGCGUAGCCUCACCCAGGGCUACCUGCGGGAACUGGCGGUGGCGGCGCAAUGAGGGCAGCUUGCCUCCUCGCCCGGACAUGGCUGCCCCCUCUGAACGAUUGGCCUGCCGCCCUUUGGCCCCAGUGCCCAGGGGUGUAGGCAGCCUCCUUCCUGAACAUUGCGCAACUCCUUCCCACCCCGGGGUGCUGCACAGCCACCACAGUGGGCAAAGUGCAGAGACUGGGCUCUGGUGUUGGGACACCUCCCCCUCCUGCCCCCGCUUUCUAGUGUUAAUAAAGCCUUUGCCGCAGCAGAAGCCAGCUGUGGGGGUGACCGGACCUGUGGCGGGCAGAGAGCAAG